GACUUUGAGUUUGAUGAUAUAUCUAAAUGUUUUUCGCUAUUGUUCUUUUGUUUUCACCCUUUUUUUUCCUCAUUCUUGUUCUACCGCUGUGAAGCUUCUGUUCUACCGAGGUGGAUUCACGUUUAAUUUUCCAGUGAAGCUAUUUAAUAAAGCCAGGAAAUUUCCUCCAAACAAACAAUUUCUGCUAUUCGAAAUUGCUUACAAUGACAGAUCCACGAGACUCAGAUACCACACUGCAAAUGCAUAACGAACCAAUCGAGCGAGGAGAGAAAGAAUUGCCAAUGAGUAGCGUCGCCGAACAGCAACCACCCACAGCAGGAUUUUUUCGUCGCCACAAAAAAAAGCUUAUUGCACUUGGCACCGUCUCCAUCUUGGCCGCCAUCAUCAUACCAAGUGUUGUUCUUGGAACUCAGGUCAAUGACUUCACUUAUGAUGACCACAGCACCAACCCCAGCGUCAACAGCAAUAAUCAGACCUCUAAUAAUGGAUUUGAUGAUAGCGUUCAAGUCAAUGCGGAGACCCCACCGCUCAAUGAGCAUUUUCGUUAUGGUGAAGAUGCUAUUCGUGGUGUAAAUUUGGGUGGUUGGCUUGUACUCGAGCCUUUUAUUUCCCCGUCCAUUUUCGAGCAAUUCGACCCUUCAGAGGGUGUUAUUGAUGAAUGGACACUGAGUGAAAAACUUGGUCCAGAUGAAGCAAAACGACAAAUCCAAGAGCACUACGAGACCUUCAUCACUGAAGAAGACUUCAAAAAAAUUGCUGAAAUGGGUAUCAACCACGUUCGCAUUCCAACUGGACACUGGGCAGUCAAUCCUAUCGAAGGCGAGCCGUUCGUACCCAACCUUGCCUGGGAUUACUUGCUUAAAGGAAUACAAUGGGCAAGAAAGUACGGUAUCAGAGUCAUGGUUGAACUCCAUACGGCUCCUGGAUCACAAAAUGGAUGGAAUCACUCCGGUAGAGUCGGCCCGAUUGGCUGGUUGAACGGCACAAAACAAGGUUAUGAAAACGCGCAGCUUACAAUAGAUACUGUUGUACCGAUGGUCGAGUUCUUUAGCAGGCCUCAAUGGGCCAACGUUGUGACAAUGUUUGGUGUGAUCAAUGAGCCAGCUAUAUACAAGCUUGAUGUUCAGAGGUCCAAGCAAUGGUAUCUAGAUAGUUAUGAAGCCAUUCGUAAUGUUACUGGAGAGGGUAAAGGUCCAUACCUUACCUAUCACGAAGGCUUCAUUGGUCUACCGAAAUGGAAAGGAUUUAUGCCAAACACAACUUUUGAUCGCACUGUCCUCGAAACCCACACAUAUCUCAUUUUUGAUCAAGGAUUGGUUUCUAUGAGCAGGGAUUCUCAAUCAGAGUUCCCUUGUCGAGACUGGAAAAAAGACCUUGAACAGUCCCAGAAAGAUUUCGGUCACACCAUGGUUGGAGAAUUUUCCGCGGCGACUAAUGAUUGCGCAAAAUAUUUAAAUGGGAUCGGCCUCGGAGCUAGAUACGAUGGCACAUUUACGGACGGCAAGCCGGCCGUUUGCUCGAAUUGUACAUGCAAUGGCAGUGAGGACUGGCAAAAUUGGAGUGAUGAAUACAAACAAUUCUUGAAUCGCUUUAUUGAACGACAAAUGGACGCUUUUGAAUCAGGCAUAGGAUGGUUCUUCUGGAACUUCAAGACUGAGAACCAUGUCAAUCCUCACUGGGACUAUCUGUUAGGAUGGGAACAAGGCUGGAUCCCCAAAUAUUCUGGCAACCGCACCUAUACAUGCGCAGGCAUUACCGAAAAGCAAGAGUGAUGACAUUUUGAGAAUUACACUUAGCAAGAACUUAAUUAACAUAUUUUUGAAAAUUUACUGUCGUUGAAUAUCCGUUUCUUUUCCUUUAUUUAAAAAUUAUAAACCUGAGUAACAAUAGCAGCCUUUCUUGUUCUGGUA